GUCCUCCUGUAAAGUUCCCCCGCUCCCCCUUCUCAAGUCAUCAUUAUUCAAACCACUGCUCCCAGAAUCCCCAGUCCUGCUGUAGUCAGCACUUCCAUGACUAGUUUCAGUCUGCAGGCAUCAUCGGCACAGGGAUCGACCCACCAUGAGCAGGAGAAAGAAGAUGUUUCGAAGGAGGCGGUUCUGGGAGAAGAGGAUUUGGGUCCUGAGGAGCCAGACUUAUCAACACUAAGCCUUUGUGAGAAGAUGGCAUUAUUCAAUCGCUUGUCACAUCCCUCUGGCCAGUCAGCAAACGGACCCCGUCCUGACACACGCCAGCGUAGAGCCAACACCCGCUUUCAGACUCAACCAAUCACCCAGGACGAGGUUGAUCAGGAACUUACAAAAGACGUAGAUCUGUCCGGUCUCACAGAUCAACCCGCUGUGACUAAUGAUUCUGUUGGUCCCCCUCAGAGCGAGCAACUGCAAAAUGGAAGCGUGAAGUUGGAGCCUCUCUCUGCAUCGCUGGUCCGCUCUGUUACCGCGGUCACCGCCCAGGCCUCUGUUGCCACAGUGAUAAGUGCUUCCCCAUCAAUGACCGCAGAUGUUCGCAUGGGGAUCUCUGCAGCUCCACCCACCACUCAGGCCUCACCCAAUCAGGUGGUCUCUGCUCCGUUUCCGUCCUAUGAGAGAGGAGUUCGAUACUUCAGUCUUACAGAGAGUGGGGAAAGACCCACACCUGAUGUUCAGUCCCCGCCCCCCGCAGAGCUGCCCGGCCAAUCGGCGUACAGCAAGGGUGUGGCCGACGAGAGUGGGCGGAGGGGAAGACUAGGGUAUUUAAGCAGAGAGGAGAGAGACACAGAGCUCCCCAGUGCGACUUCCCCUCCGCACACACAUGCGCUCAGACACACACCCCCUCACAGCAGGGGAGACGCAGAGCUGAGUGGCCCACGGGAGAGGGAGAAAGAGGGUACACCCAUCUCACAGGGAGGCUACUUCUCGCCAGAUGCCCAUCAGACGGCAAGAGGAAGCGGUACCAGAGCCAUCGUCUCAGUAUCAGGUUUGCAGGAGACGACUUUGACAGUGACAGAAAAAGCCGUGAAGGAAGUGAUGCGACUGGAUGAUGAGAUCUUUUCAAAAUUUUACUGCCACAUGACAGAUAUUCCCCGCAGCAGGAUGCAUCUGAAUGAGGACUUUGAUGCCAUCUUCGGAAAACAAACUCCAACCUUGACAUCGGCAAUGGUGCAGCACAAGCGGGCCGUUCGUCCCUCCCGUAAUGUCCAGGCCUCCAGGAACCCCUUAAAGAUUCUCGCUGCAAGAGAAGACAUACGACAGGAGUACACUGAGGAGAGACUGAACAUCGGUCAGCUAGAAACCAAGAGAAUUAGACAGGAGAAAA